CAGGAAAGGAAUUGACUGAAAAACCAACAGGUGUCUGGGAGGGAACUGGUUUGAGUUCUCUCGGGCUUCUGCAGCAGGACGAGGAAGAUGACUUGAGGUUGGCCUGAAGGAGGGCCGCCCUCCUGCGCGGAAUGCGAUGUUGAUUCUGAGGCGUUGAUGUUUUACAAUGCCUGAUCAAGACAAAAAGGUGAAGAUCACAGAGAAAUCAGCCGAUAAAAAGCAGCAAGGGACCACCACCAGGGACUAUUCAGACCUGAAAAGACUUCGCUGCCUUUUGAACGUUCAGUCGAGCAAACAGCAGCUUCCAGCCAUUAACUUUGAUAGUGCCCCAAAUAGCAUGACGAAGUCUGAGGCUGCCAUCAAGGCGGGGGGACACAGAGCCCGUGGUCAUUGGCAUGAGUCCACAGAAGCCGUUGAACUUGAAAAUUUCAGUAUAAACUACAAGAAUGAGAGGAAUUUCAGCAAACACCCACAGCAUGAGUUAUUUCAGGAGAUCUUUACGGCUCUGGUGAGAAACAGACUCAUAUGCAGAGAGUGGGUUAACCGAGCUCCGUCCAUUCAUUUCCUGAGAGUGUUAAUUUGCCUGAGGCUGCUAAUGAGAGAUCCAUGUUAUCAGGAAAUACUCCAUAAAUUGGGUGGGAUUGAAGACCUAGCUCAGUACAUGGAGAUUGUGGCCAACGAGUACCUGGGCUACGCGGAGGAGCAGCAUUGUGUGGACAAGCUGGUCAACAUGACGUAUAUUUUCCAGAAGCUCGCUGCUGUGAAAGAGCAAAGAGAAUGGGUCACUGCCAGCGGAGCCCACAAGACGCUAGUGAAUUUACUCGGUGCCCGAGACACUAAUGUCCUGUUGGGUACUCUUCUGGCAUUGGCUAGCUUAGCAGAGAGUCCAGAGUGCAGGGAGAAGAUCAGUGAACUCAACAUAGUAGAAAAUCUCUUGAUGAUUCUGCAUGAAUAUGACUUACUCUCCAAAAGGCUGACGGCAGAGCUCCUGCGCCUGCUCUGUGCCGAGCCCCAGGUGAAGGAGCAGGUGAAGCUGUACGAGGGCAUCCCCAUCCUACUCAGUCUGCUCCACUCGGACCACCUCAAGCUGCUGUGGAGCGUCGUCUGGAUUCUGGUGCAGGUGUGUGAGGACCCAGAGACCAGCGUGGAAAUCCGGAUCUGGGGUGGCAUCAAGCAACUCCUUCACAUUUUACGAGGAGACAGGAAUUUUGUUUCUGAUCGGUCCUCCAUUGGAAGCCUGUCCAGUGCAAAUGCUGCAGGGCGAAUCCAGCAGCUGCAUUUAUCCGAAGACUUAAGCCCUGGGGAAAUACAGGAGAAUACUGUCUCUCUCCAAGCAGCCUGCUGUGCUGCCCUCACUGAGCUGGCUCUCAACGACACCAAUGCCCACCAAGUGGUUCAGGAAAAUGGAGUAUAUACAAUUGCGAAAUUAAUUUUACCAAAUAAACAAAAGAAUGCUGCACAAACAAAUCUCCUACAGUGUUAUGCUUUCAGAGCCCUGAGGUUUCUCUUCAGUAUGGAAAGGAACCGGCCACUCUUUAAAAGACUUUUCCCCACUGACCUGUUUGAGAUCUUCAUUGACAUAGGCCAUUACGUCCGCGAUAUCAGUGCCUAUGAGGACUUAGUGUCACAGCUGAAUUUACUGUUGGAGGAUGAACUGAAGCAGAUUGCCGAGAAUAUUGAAAGCAUCAAUCAGAAGAAGGCGCCACUGAAGUACAUAGGUGACUAUGCCGUGCUGGACCAUCUCGGAAGUGGAGCUUUUGGCUGUGUUUACAAGGUUAGGAAACGUAGUGGUCAAAACCUUUUAGCAAUGAAGGAGGUCAAUUUACAUAACCCCGCAUUCGGGAAGGAUAAGAAAGACCGAGACAGCAGUGUGAAGAACAUUGUUUCUGAAUUAACAAUAAUUAAGGAGCAGCUUUAUCAUCCCAACAUUGUACGUUACUAUAAAACAUUUUUGGAAAAUGACAGAUUGUAUAUCGUCAUGGAGCUUAUAGAAGGAGCCCCACUGGGAGAGCACUUUAGCUCUCUGAAGGAAAAACGGCAGCACUUCACCGAAGAAAGACUGUGGAGAAUAUUUAUACAGCUGUGCUUAGCUCUUCGGUACCUCCACAAGGAGAAGAGGAUUGUCCACCGGGAUCUGACGCCAAACAACAUUAUGUUGGGCGAUAAGGACAAGGUGACAGUUACUGACUUUGGACUGGCAAAGCAAAAACAGGAAAGCAGUAAGCUCACGUCUGUGGUGGGAACGAUCCUCUAUUCUUGCCCAGAGGUCCUGAAGAGUGAGCCAUAUGGAGAGAAGGCUGACGUCUGGGCUGCAGGCUGCAUCCUUUAUCAGAUGGCGACUCUGAGUCCUCCCUUCUGCAGCACUAACAUGCUCUCCUUGGCUACUAAAAUAGUGGAGGCAGUGUACGAGCCGGUGCCAGAAGGCGUCUACUCUGAAAAAGUGACAGAUACCAUUAGCAGCUGCCUCACUCCUGACGCAGAAGCCCGUCCAGACAUUGUAGAAGUUAGCUCCAUGAUCUCAGAUGUUAUGAUGAAGUAUUUGGACAACUUAUCCACAUCCCAGCUGGCCCUGGAGAAGAAACUGGAAAGGGAGCGGAGGCGCACACAGAGAUACUUUAUGGAAGCCAACAGGAAUGCGGUCAUGUGUCACCAUGAACUGGCUCUGCUGUCCCAGGAAACCUUCGAGAAGGCGAGCCUGAGCAGCAGCAGCAGCGGGGCAGCCAGCCUGAAGAGUGAGCUCUCUGAGAGCGCAGAGCUGCCCGGCGAGGGCUUCCACGCCGCCGCCAUGCAGUGUGGGAAGGAGGAGGACAGGCCCUGUGAGGAGGCACUGUCCGAGGACGCCUUCCACCUGGAAGGGGUGGAGAAAGAUGUGUAUUCUGAGCUGGACGACGAGCUGGACAUCUUGGACAACUGUAGCAGCUCCAGUUCCAGCCCUCUAAAGGAGUCUACAUUCAGCAUUUUAAAGAGAAGUUUCAGUGCUUCAGGAAGAGAAAGGCACUCACAGGCCAGAGACUUCAUUGGUGGCCUAGGAUCAAGAGCAAGACCAGCAUCCGCAGGCAUCGCAGUAUCCCAGCGGAAAGUACGGCAGAUCAGCGACCCCAUUCAGCAGAUCCUCCUCCAGCUGCACAAAGUCAUCUACAUCACACAGCUGCCUCCAGCUCUGCACCAUGAUCUGAAGAGAAGGGUUAUAGAGAGAUUCAAGAAAUCCCUGUUCAGUCAGCAGAGCAACCCUUGUAACCUGAAAUCUGAGAUUAAGAAGUUGUCCCAGGGGUCUCCAGAGCCGAUUGAGCCAAACUUUUUUACAUCGGAUUACUACUUACUGCGUCAUUCCCUGGCAGCAAACAACUGGUCCCAAAGUGACCCCACAGGUCCGCCCAGCAGCCUGGAGCUGGAAGAGGGAUUCACGUACGAGCAGAUGCAGACUGUGAUCGAAGAAGUCCUGGAGGAAAGUGGCUAUUACAACUUUACAACUAACAGACCUUCUAGAUCUCACUCUUAUCCGUGGGGGACCACCAAGAAUUACCCAGCCAAAAGAUAAGAGCACUGCCCUGGAGCGGAUGGAGUUUCCCAGUCAAGUUCAAGUUCUAGGCUUCAGCUGAGACUGCAAGUUGCCUGGACUGGCUGCUGCUAGGAUGGCAUAGGAAAGACCAAGUCACAGUACUGCAGAAGUUGCUCUUAUUCUCCCACAGGGGUGUGUGGUAGCCACAGUGCUGGGUCUCUGUGCCCUGUGUGCAUUGCAUACACAAUGGCAGGCUAGCAGUGUGCUUCUGGGAGAAAACACUACAGAAGGGCUCCCAGGGGAGGGUUGGGUGGAGCACAGAACUUUCCUCAAGGUUAAUCAUAAAAACAACUUAUAUUUUUCAAAGGAACAUUUUAUACUCACAAUUACUAAAAACUAUGCUUGAAAGUAUGUAGCCUUUCAUGUACACAAAAUAGUUUUAGAUAAAAAACAUUACAUGACCCUGUACAAAAUAGUAUGUAUUCCGUCAUGUUCCCCGUUAUUAACCUUACGAGACAUCCAGAAUAUGAUAGUUUGUAAAUGAAAUGAUUGAUUGGUUCUCUCUGAUCUGCUUGGAUGUUAGAGGUUCCGAGACGUGACACAGUGCAGACAGUAUUUGUGACCUUGCACACAUCUGGGCACGGCUAUCAUUGUAACUUUGCACACAUCCGGGAGCAGCUGUCAUACUCUGAUUGCAGCUAGGCUAGUAGAAUCUACUGGUGUGUAACAUGUGUGUGUGUGUGUGUGUGUGUGUGUGUGUGUGUGUGUGUAUACACAUAUGUCCAGGGAAGGAGGGAGGUCUGAUGAGUUGAUCCUUUGAUGCUGAUCAAGCAUACAAUGUUUUUAGAACACCGAAGAAGCCAUAGACCACGUAAGAUAUGACAGCCCUUAUUCUAGACCUUACCAAAUUACCUAUGUGUAAGAUGGAUGUUUAUUGUUUGGGAAUUCCCCCAAAGUCAUAAAAUAAAAUAGAAAUUCCUUCUUUAUCCUUUGAGAUGGUCCAAGGAAAGAGGAAUCCAAAUGCCAAAUAGCAUCCCGUCUCUAAUGAGAGAGUUUUUCUAGGCCACUGGGUUCAAAUCCUUCCUGUUAAGCUGGCUUCUGAUAGCUCUAGUCUAGCACCAGCCCAGACUAUACAUGUCCCCACUUCAGAAGCAAUUUAUUGCAUGCAAUUAGCAAGCUGGAAGAUGAAAUUACACGUUUAACUUCCCAUUGAUUUCUGCUAUCUAAAAUUGAUGUGUUUUUAGCAUGAUUGAAUGGUACAAUAUGUUGGCAGUCACUGAGACACACUAUAACCUUCUUGAAUAGUAUACAAAUCACUUAAUGUGAAUUCAUUCUAUUUUUUAGAAUUAGCAUGUUUUACAUUUGAAUUAAUCCCAAUUCCCUUUGGUCAUAGACUAACUAAUGCCUUUCAGGGUUACUAAUGAGUGUUUUCUUUCUUUAAGCAAAGAGAACAAUUAAAACACAGUGUCAUUUUAAAUAUUAAAUACAGUGAUGAAAAAUUUUAGUUUCAGCUCUCAAAACAAUUCUGUCCGUAUAUGGAUUUCACACACAGAAUCUAAAUGCUGUGACUGAUUCUCUGAAGCAAAAUUUUCUUUGUGUCUGCACAGUCAUUCUGAAGAUCACCUGAUGUAUGUCAGGAGGCCUAGGGGGGUAUGGACCUGCAUAGAAUGUACUAAGCUGUGGGGUGAAUGUUUAAAUAGUCAAAUUCUUUCUCAAAUGGUCAUAGAUAGUAAAUAAAAAGACUAGCACCCAUUGCCUUGGUAAAGGAAGAAAUGCUUAGUUGAGGUAUUUUUUGAUGAGUACAGUCUACUGACAGAAAAGGAAAAGAUACACAGUUUCUCCGUAUCUCUUUUAGGUUGUGGGAAUGGCCUUUACCACAAAACAAGCUGAUAAGAUUAGCAAAAAGAAGCCAGACAUACCCCUGUCCCAACUGCUCAGGUCCACCUGGGCUAUAGCGGGGUGGUCUUGCUAAGGUGCAGGCUGUGUGUGCUCCCCUCGAGUUCAAUCAUCCUUAUCCUCCUUGUAUAAGGAAGUCCUGGAAUGAAGCCUUUCCCCAGCAGUGAAGUUGGCCUUUCCAAAGCGCUCUCUGUGCCUUCAGACAAGAACAAGAACCAUCGUUUUGUCUUGAUCAGCUGCAGUGUCUUUAGGGCAAAGACUUGGCUACUUGAUAUUAACGCGCCUCAUAAUCUCUUCUUGAUUGCAUUUUUGCCUUGUAUAAUUUUUAACGAUUUGUUGUACAAUGAAAUCCUGUGAAUUGUUGAGUCCAUCUCAUUCUCAGUGACCGAAUAUGGUAUGGGGUAGAAUCUGAAUUAAUCUCCUGGUGGAACUUUCGAUGCGCACAUGCUCCGGCUCAUUAUGCUUUGACCGGCAGCUCCUUCUGCUUAUCUUGAAACCACCAUGCACUCCUGAAAAGAAAAAGGUCCUGUUCUCAGGAAACUGGCUGUAGCAAGUUUAUGUCUUUGUCUUGGGGAAGACGUGCAGUCCCUAAGGGAGGAACACCUCAGGAGUAGAGAGGGACAGACAGACAGACACAGCUGGGGGAGGCAUUUCAGAAAACAUACAGCCACGAGUCCACUGGGGGUAGCCCUUUGUUACAAGGCUUAUAUAAGUUAAGGUCUUCCUACAUAAGUGCCACCUGGAGCUCAUUAAAUGCAACAACUUUUGACACCCAGGGACAAAUAGGGAGCUGGAUGAUGAUGUCCAAUUCCAUGAUAUCACCACUUAUUUUAAAUUUAAUUUUAAGAUUUGUGAAGGCAAUAAUAGUGACUAGUCAAUUCUAUCAGUAUUAAUAUGCGUAGACCAUACACACACAUACCCUUUAUUGUCUCUCUUCCUUUCUGAAAUUACAUGAAAUGAACAUGCUAGAUCCUUCAGAAAUACCCACAUCUUCUGUCCUUCUGAAUGCAGAAAAAAAUUGUUUUCAAGCAGCUUUGACUAUUCGCCUCUUGCUAUUUGAAAAUGUUGGUUUUCGGGAGUACCAAUGUCACCUGCUGGUCAGGGCAAGGCCACCUGGGUGGGACAGCCUCUUAGCACCCAGAGCUUGCAGCAGUGUGUGCAAGCCGGAGGCUCCUACACUCUUACCUUAACCCCAUGUGAGAUUCUGUCUGAGCAUCAAAUCUUUACGUUCAGGGCCUGGAGGUGAUAGAUAUGCAUUUGUUGUCUUAUGGAUGUCUUAAUGCUCCUUUGGUACGGAGUCACAGCUUUGGGUAAACUGCUUUUAAAAUCAACAUGUGCUGCUAAGCGCAUGCCACUGUUGGAUGCUGUUGUUAUCCAUGUUGUCCACGUGGAUAGUACGUCGCGUGUGUCUCAAGGAAGCAACUUCACGGUGAAGAGACUCAGGUUAAGGUGCCAGCUGUAAACAUAACAUGCAAGUCACAUGUCUCCAUGCCUGUUUGUACGCCGCUGGUGUAACUUUGAGGCUUGUAAGAAGGACAGGAAAGAUUUCGCAGCUUUGACAAGGUGACAGAUGGAUCCUGACAGUGCGUGCAUCCUCUGGGUCUUUGGACAGCAGUCACUUGCAAGAGUGAGGAUGGUACACCCCGCAGUCCCCACAGCCUCUUCCUGAGGGGAGAUGGAUGCCGCACUGGGCAUCUGGGCAGUGCUCGGCUACGAUCUUGAGAUGAUUACGUUCAGUCCGUGCUGUAGAAGUGGCUCGCCUUAGCUGAAAGUGGGCAGUUAUUCUUCUGAAAGCCUGACACUCCCCUUUCUUCUCAUCAUUAUCCCACGAAGCUAGCUCUGCUCUGUAUCCUGCUCCUGUGGCCAGAACUCAGAAAAGCACACACGAGCAAUGCGGCUGCUCUAUGAACCAUUGAAGGUAGCUUCUCUGUUUCCCCUACAUUAUGGAAAAGUCAUACCUUGCUGCCAUUUUAAUGAUCAGCAGGCAAGAUAGCUGCUUGGAAUCGAUACGGUGGGGUCACUAGUGAAUAGUAGUAAGUAUUGGGAAAAGGUCAAGACAGAACUGUCCCACAAAACAGGGAAGUUUAUACCAGAAAUAAUAACCCAAAGAAGGCAAUGCCUGCGGCCCUGUCACUGUUUAAACAUUCAGUGAAGGCCCCCAUGGAAUAUCCCAUCCUGCCACUUAGCUCUACACUGCAAGAGCCACUGAGGCAUGGUUCUAGGAAAGACUAGGAGACACGUGAGCUUUAGCUAAAUUCCCUGGCAUGCUCACCUCCCACUUUAAUGGAUCUGAGCAGAGACCCCACUUUUAGGGGAGCCUCAUGUGACACACAGUGUUUGUGAGAACCCAGAAGUCCCGCCUUACAAAGAUGACAGAUCACCUAAGGAAGUCAGUCAGUUCCCAGUAGUUGGAGGGCACAGCGUUCCCAGGGUAGGGCAUCACCCAGAAGGGUCUCACUGAGAAGCCUCGAGGUAGGUCUAGGAGCCCAGGUGAUCCCUGCUGCUGGGUCUCCCGGGAUAGCGGCUGUACAUGGUCACAGCAAGCUGGCCACCCAGAUGUCAGCAGAGCCCCCCUUAAAGUCCUGUGACAUGCUGGUGGCUCCUCGGAGCAGGUCCCUGUGAGGCAUAGAAGCGUUUGCUCUCCAUGUAGGUUUGUUGCUGCCGCCGCCGCUGCUGCUGCUUUUUAGUACGGGGACUGAACCCAGAGCCUGGCAUGUACUAAACAAGCACUUUGUUGCAGAGCAAGAAACAAACCCCAAAGCAGCAUUUUUUUAUCUGCCUGUAAGGGAACACGCCUCUGCCCCGGGGCCCAGUUUUCUUCCCCUUCUUCCAACAUGUGCUCAUUUAAUCCAAUGAUGAAAAUUUUACAAAACAAUUUGUGAAGAAUUUGAAUGGGUCGCUGCAGAGACCCAUGUGGGAUCAAGGAUGCCCAGUCAGGUCGGGAAAGGGACACUGCAGGAAUUUUUCCAAUUUGUUGGCAGCUUCUUGAUGAUAGCUCUGGAAAAGAUCCCGCCGUUUCAUUCUUCCAGACUGGGAAACCGAAAUCCAUAGAAGAAAAAUCUUUUCAGAAUAUUUUACUUGCUGACAUUUAGUGGCAAAAAUCUGAGUCGUUAAGACCUCCCGAACUCUAUUGCUCCCAGUGGUGAUCCAGCAAAGACUGAAGAGUGGUGCUAUCCACCCUGAGGGGGUGGAGCCUCUGCUCCCCUGCAGCACAGAGCUGUUCCCUGGAAUAGUCCUGUGCCCAAGACAAAGGUUUGUGCCUGCAGCAGGCACGAACCCUCCCAGUGUACCUCAUUCUCCACGGUCUCUGAGACAGGAUCUUGUUUAGGUCUACCACCUCCCAUCCAGGUCACCCCAGCCUUGCAAGCCCUCCGUGUCCUCCUUCCCACCCGAGGAACAGACUGUGACCCUCCUGAAGGGAGCCUGCAUUUUAGGGGGAUGCCAACAGCUCCACUGUUACAGAAGGCAGCCAGCGAGCAUGCCUGUUGGCUGUCCCCCAAAGCUCUCUGCAAACACUGUGAGUCUCUAAUGCAACCCCAGAGCCAUAGGCUGAAAAAGGGAAAGAAACGCUUCUAUCAGAGUCACAUGAAGGAUGAAAACAAAUGUUAUUUUUUUUUGC